AUGGCAGCGAGGUUACAAGCAUCUCUGCUCGCCGUCGUUGCAGUCAUCGCGGCGGCGGUCGCGACGCCGGCGUCCGGCGCCAACUAUACCGUUGGCGCGCCGGGGGGCUCCUGGGACCUGCGGACCGACCUCGCCGCCUGGGCGUCCUCCAUCGCCUUCCGCCCGGGCGACCAGCUCGUGUUCAGCUACGACGCGUCGGCGCACGACGUGGUGGAGGUGACCCGGGAAGGGUACCGCUCCUGCUCGGCGGCGAGCCCGGUCUCCCCCGCGCUGCGCACCGGCAGCGACGCCGUCCGGCUCGGCGGCAACGGGUGGCGCUACUUCAUCUGCGGCGAGCCGGGGCACUGCGCCGCCGGGAUGAAGCUGCAUGUCAGGGUCAGCGACGCCGAGUGCACCAGGACGAUGCCGCCACCGGCCCCGCCCGGCGCGCCGUCGCCGGGUAUCAGGCUCUGCCCGGGCGGCCCGCCGACGGUCAUCAUGACCCCUGGCGUCAUCUCCUACGGCUCCCGCGCGGCGGUGGCGCCGGGGUCUUCAGCCAGCAGCCUCACCUCUCUACUUGUCCCCAUGGUGUCUCUGCUGCUUGUUGGCCUCAUCAUUGUCUAGCUGAUUCUUUUACUCAUGUCAAUGUUGAACACAACGGCACAAUUCCAAAGAUUCAUAACAGAUAAUUAACUUGUACACAAAAAUCACUGAAUUUUACGACUGACAAAUAUAUAUGUGGCACAUAAUUAAUUUGGUAUUGUUGCUAUGGAGAAAAAGAA